AUGACCAAAGAAGCCGCCAUCACCGGAGCCACUAGCAGCUCCGAGCUCAAGCCCGACGACCCCACCCACAGCAAGAGCUACGGCGCCGUGGUCUCGGUUAGUGACCUACAGUCCGGCUCCGACGGCGACAGCGGCGGCGGGGACGGUACCGACGACCCGUAUAACACCGAAAAGAAGAACCCCUUUGCCGACCCGGCUGCGGCCGAGCAUUGGCGCCAGGUGUACGAGAAAUCGCAGUAUGAGUGUCGACAUGUGUAUGAUCCGACCUUGACGUGGACGGAGGAGGAGGAGAAGCAGAUUGUGAGGAAGUUGGAUUGGCGGGUGUGUUUGUGGGCUUGUGUUAUGUUCUUCGCCCUCCAAGUAGACCGUGGAAAUCUAGCACAGGCCGUGUCAGACAACAUGUUGGACGAUCUAGGCCUUAAUACCGAUGAUUAUAACUAUGGCAACAGCGUUUUCCGAUUAGCAUUUCUCGUGGCCGAACUUCCCUCGCAACUGGUAUCGAAAAAGAUUGGCCCGGACCGCUGGAUCCCCAUCCAAAUGGUGUUGUGGUCCAUCGUUGCUACGGCACAGUGCGCUCUCACCGGGAGGACCAGCUUUCUUUGUACCCGUGUUCUUCUAGGGGUGCUCGAGGGUGGCUUCAUCCCCGAUAUCGUCCUGUGGCUAUCCUACUUUUACACCGCCCGCGAGUUGCCCAUCCGCCUCAGUUUCUUCUGGACCUCCCUGUCUGUCACCGGCAUCGCCACAUCGCUCCUCGCCUUUGCCCUCCUUCACCUCCGCGGUGUCAACGGCUGGGGCGGUUGGCGUUGGCUCUUCCUGGUCGAGGGGCUCAUCACGCUCGUCGUCGGACUUAUGAGCUUUUUCCUGAUGCCCGCCUCGGCCGUCCAGACGAAAACGUGGUUCCGCCCCAAGGGUUGGUUUAACGACCGUGAGGUCGGGAUUGUGGUGAACCGCGUGUUGCGGGAUGAUCCGUCCAAGGGAGACAUGCACAACCGCCAGGCUAUCACAUUUAAGCGGUUAUGGGACGCGCUUAGGGACUAUGAUCUCUGGCCGUUGUACAUCAUUGGCCUGAUCGAGUUCAUCCCGUCGAACCCGCCUGUGACUUAUCUGACGUUGACUCUGAGAAACCUGGGGUUCAGCCCGUUCGCCACAAAUCUUCUGACCAUCCCAAAGGAUAUCUUUCAUAUUUUUAAUCUCCUCCUCCUUACGAAACUGUCCGACAAGCUCAACGAGCGCGCGUUUGUGGCGCUGAUUCAGCCACUUUGGACCUUACCGUGCCUAAUCGCCCUUCGAUGGUGGCCAGGCGUUGUUGUCAACCAAUGGGGGACUUACGCCCUUGUCACGGUGCUGGCAUCGUAUCCCUAUGCCCACGCUAUUAUUGUGGGAUGGACGUCGAGAAACUCGAACAAUGUUGGCGUGCGCUCGGUAUCAGCUGCUUUGUACAACAUGGCCGUUCAAGCAGGCAGUGUCAUCUCCGCCAACGUCUAUGUGGAAAGCGAUAAGCCGCUAUACAAAACCGGUAACCAGAACUUGGUGAUCAUCAACUUUAUUGUCGUUGGCGCCUUUUUGUUCGCGAAAUUCUAUUAUGUCUGGCGCAACAAGCAGCGCGAUCGCGUCUGGAACGCCAUGACGGACCAAGAGAGGCGAGACUAUGUAAAAAACACAAAGUUGACUGGCAGUCGGAGGUUGGAUUUCAGGUUUGCGCACUGA